CCGCGGACUCUGUUCGACAAGAUCUGGGACGAUCACCUGGUCCACGAGGGAGAUGGGUCGGCCCUGAUAUACAUAGAUCGCCACCUCGUCCACGAGGUGACGAGCCCGCAGGCGUUCGAGGGGCUCCGCAUGGCGGGCAGGAGGGUUCGGCGUCCGGACUGCACCCUGGCAACGGUCGACCAUAACAUCCCCACGGCGCCUCGAGGGACUGGUAAAGUUGUGGUGGCCGAUUUCGUCAAGGAGAACGAUUCGAAGACGCAGAUCAUGACUCUCGAGGACAACGUGCAGGCGUUCGGGCUGACCUAUUUCGGCAUGAACGACAAACGCCAGGGCAUCGUACACGUGAUCGGGCCCGAGCAGGGGUUCACGCUGCCGGGCACCACGGUCGUUUGCGGCGACAGCCACACCUCCACGCACGGAGCCUUCGGCGCCCUGGCCUUCGGGAUCGGCACGUCCGAGGUCGAGCACGUUAUGGCCACGCAGACGCUUCCGAUGAAGCCCCAGAAGAACAUGCGCAUCAAGGUGACCGGUGUGCUGAACGAGGCAUGCACCUCCAAGGACGUCAUUCUCCAGAUAAUCGGGGUGAUCGGCACUGCGGGCGGCACAGGCCACGUUAUCGAGUUUUGCGGCGAGGUCAUCGAGAAGUUCUCCAUGGAGGCCCGCAUGGCGAUGUGCAACAUGACGAUCGAAGCGGGCGCUCGGGCAGGGCUGGUCGCUCCCGACGAUAUUACUUUCGAAUACCUCAAGGGCAGGCCGUUGUGCCCAAAGGGCCAGAUGUGGGACAAGGCGGUGACAUACUGGAAGACGCUCUACAGCGACAAGACCGCGAAGUUCGACAAGGAGGUCCACCUGGACGGCUCCGACAUUGUCCCGACCGUGACGUGGGGCACGAGCCCGCAGUUACACAUCUGCCAUGCUACCUAA